UUUCAUCAGGAGAUGUGUGAAUACUUCUUCUUCUUGCGAUCGUUUGUCUGUUUCGCAUCUUUUCAUGUAUUCAUAAGUUUGGCGUUCAGUCAGUCAUUACCACGAGUGAAGAAUGGUUCCCACACUCCCCUCGUAUACCCGGUCGGGGCUAACGUUCAAAUCGAUUGUCCCGCAUAUGACGAUCAGACGGACCUAUUGUUCUUUGAAUGGAGCCGUCCUUUAGAUGAAGCCAUCGAAGAGACCCGAAGAAUAAGAGUCACCGAAAAAGGUGUGCUUAAAAUCAAGUCAGCCAUCAUUGCGGACAGCGGUGUCUAUUACUGCAAAGCCAUUAACGGCUUCGGAACCAUUACCACAAAUGUCACGCUUCAGAUCGUCACCACCGAAGACCUACAGUCACUCAACUCUCCAAUGGAUAAUCUGUAUCCGCGAGACGACUACCAGUCCUUAGUCGAGCCAAACGUUAACUCUAAUCACGAAAUGCCAAUCAAUGAACCGGUGGUUCGCGAAUCGCCAAAACCCGUAGUCAUUAACAAAACGGCCGGACUAUCGGUGCACAUGAGUUGCACCGCUCAUAGAGUCCGUUGGUAUAAGAAUGGACAACAUCUGAGUCUAAGACAUUUGCCCGACGGCUCCUAUAAAAGCGGAGGUCUGUUAACGAUAUCAAAGGUGCGUUUGGAGGACAGAGGGAACUAUACGUGCGUUGGGAUGGGAGAGACGGGUCAACUCAACAAUACGUUUAAUCUGAUUGUUUACGAUAACCGAAAGCCAGAGUUAACGGGAUUUAAUCCAAGCAAUAGUUCGGUCGUAUUGGGAGACAAAGCUAUGUUCCACUGCAACGUCUCCAGUGAUACCAAACCACACAUUCAGUGGCUAAAGAGUUAUAAGAGGGCGAAGAAUAUGAAUCCAGACGAGGCAUUCAGAAAAGGCUUAAUCAGAAUUAAAUCCAAU